CUUGAAUGUUGUUUUCGUGGGUUGGCUUCGAAAUGGAACGUGAAAGAAUGUCUCAAGAAAAGUUCAUCUCCAGUUUGUGUCGAGGAGCAGCCGAACAAGCAACACAACGCUUAGUAGAGCCAAGCUUAAGAUUUAUAUUCCUUCAAAGUGACGCGCCAUGAGUAAUUUCAAUAGAACAAGGGAUCGAGCAGAACCCAAGUACAAAGGCUUGAGAAACCAGGGCUCCACCGACUACCUGAACAGCGUGCUUCAAGUGCUCUUCAUGACCAAAGAAUUCAGAGACACUGUCCAAAGGGAAUACUGUAAAAACUCCCAUACCAACUACAUUGAUGCUCAGCUCAAAUCUCUCUUCAGUGGGCUGAAGACCGGUUCGCCCACUACGGAAGACAUCAUCCAAAGACUUGGGAUAGAAAAUGUAUGGAAGCAGCAAGAUGCGGCAGAGUAUUUUGAGAAGAUGCUAAGUCUGGCCAGUCCUGAGGCCUCAAAGCUUUUCCAUGGAAGGUUAAUUCACCGCACGUCAUGUUCGUGUGGCGUAAGCACUGAUGAACACAAUUCAUUUUGGACUCUGAAUCUCCCGAUUAACAAUACCCACACUGGAGUUUAUAACGUGGAAGACGGGUUGAAACGUUUUUUCAGCCAAUCAAAGUUAACCGGAGACAACCAAGUGUACUGUGAUAAGUGUGAGGCCAAAGCAGACACCACUACUGAAUGUGAAGUAGAACUCUAUCCAAAGGUUCUUGUGCUGCUGCUCAAGAGAUUUGAGUUCAGCUACUACGAAAUGGACUACGUGAAAAACGACUGCCCUGUGGAUGUUCCUCUGGACAUUGAAAUGCCAAAGGGCGUGAGCUAUGAGCUCUAUGCCACCGUGGACCAUGUGGGGGACCUGAGGGGGGGCCACUACACAGCCACCAUCCAGUCUCCAGACGACGGGGGCUGCUGGUACGACUUCAACGACUCCAUGGUUACACCGAAAAACAACUUUAAUCCAGAAAGGAGCCAGAACGGCUAUCUCCUUUUUUACAGAAAGAGAGAAAGACAAAUUAGUGAUUCACCUCAGGAGCACCACCACGGGUCGUCUGUGGACCCGGUCGAGUCGGAGACCAAUCAGAACAACGCUGACGAUGGCAACGCUGAUCUUACUAAGCGUGGUGAUGUUGAGAGAGGUGAUGAUGUCAGGAAGGGGGUUGAUGAUCCUGAGAGUGUUGAUGUUGAGAGAGGUGAUGAUGUCUGGGCGGGGUUUGAUGAUCCUGAGAGUGUUGAUGUUGAGAGAGGUGAUGAUGUCAGGAAGGGGGUUGAUGAUCCUGAGAGUGUUGAUGUUGAGAGAGGUGAUGAUGUCUGGGCGGGGUUUGAUGAUCCUGAGAGUGUUGAUGUUGAGAGAGGUGAUGAUGUCUGGGCGGGGUUUGAUGAUCCUGAGAGUGUUGAUGUUGAGAGAGGUGAUGUUGUCUGGGCGGGGGUUGAUGAUCCUGAGAGUGUUGAUGUUGAGAGAGGUGAUGUUGUCUGGGCGGGGGUUGAUGAUCCUGAGAGUGUUGAUGUUGAGAGAGGUGAUGUUGUCAGGAAGGGGGUUGAUGUUCCUGAGAGUGUUGAUGUUAAGAGAGAUGAUGAUGAUGUCAGGAAGGGGGUUGAUGUCCCUGAGGGUGAGGAGGUCACAGAGGGGGUUGAUGUUCCUGAGCGUGUUGAGGUCACAGGAGGUGAUGAGGUCACAGAGGGGGUUGAUGUCCCUGAGUGUGGUGAGGUCACAGGAGGUGAUGAGGUCAUGGGGGGGGUUGAUGUCCCUGAGCGUGGUGAGGUCACAGGAGGUGAUGUCAUGGCGGGGGACCCUCAAACAUUGGAGAGUGCGAGGUUAGACGGGAAGGGUGGCGAGCACAUUAAGAGAGACGAAGAGCUUCCGACCAAUGAGAUGGAGUCCCGCAAACCAGUGGUGGUGAUGACCACCACACUACACCCUCCUCCUCUGAGCCAAUGGAUGAACGGCCAGUGUCGGCGGGGAGCAAGGAUGUCGGGCCGGGGGACCCUCUACUAA